AUGAGCACCGAUAACAACCCCCAGUCUAUAUUGCACAUCUCUGCACCCGAACCACAUGAACCAUCCCCGCCCCUUCUCAUCUUCGUCCUCGGCCCUCCCUGCGCCGGCAAGUCGACGAUAUGCACCAUUCUAGCCAAACACUUCAACCUAGACCACUUCUCCCUCGGCAAUGAGCUCCGUAACCUGGUCUCCUCAAACUCGACUGGCCAUCCCGCUCGCAUAAAAUGCAAGCUGUCGGUAGAGGAGCUGGGAGAUCUCGCCAAGAACGUCAAAGCAGGAACACUGGCGCCGUCCAACAGAACACCCAAGGGAGUGGAUCGGUGGGAGACCUUCAAGGAGAGUGUCAAAGAUAUAUGGCAGCCCAAUGGCAAUACUUGGGUAUUAGCAUUGUGUACUGAUCGAGAAGUGGCAAGAGAGAGGUUUGUGAGUCGCGGAAGGGCAGGCGAUGUCUUCGAUAAGCGAUAUGACAGUCAUAAGGAUUCUAUCAGCGAGAUCAUCGCUGCGAUGAAGCAGGAUGAGAUGAAUGUGAUUGAGUGUGAGACUGGGCUGGGCUUCGACCCGCAAGAUAUAGUCGGAAUCGUUGAGAGCAUCUCACGAUUGGUGGAGGGCAAUCAGGCGUGA